GCCAUUUUGUCGGUCGAUACUUGUUUCUGGAUGGGGGAAUCCUGUUGGCCGCUGGCUGGAACCUGUUGCUUCGUAGUUCCGUGUUGUGCAAUGGACGGCAGUGUCCACCACGAUAUAACAGUUGGUACUAAGAGAGGAUCUGACGAGCUAUUCUCCAGCGUCUCCAACGGCCCGUAUAUCAUGAGCACCACAGCAAAUGGCAACGAUAGCAAGAAGUUCAAAGGUGACAUAAGAGGUCCCACUCAGCCAUCGCGGGUCAUCCACAUUCGCAAGCUUCCUGGCGACAUCACAGAGGCCGAGGUGAUCAGCCUUGGCCUGCCUUUCGGGGACGUCACCAACCUGCUGAUGCUGAAAGCCAAAAACCAGGCCUUCUUGGAGAUGAAUUCAGAGGAAGCGGCUCAGAACAUGGUGGGUUAUUACUCCACUGUGAUGCCCGUCGUCAGACACCAACCAGUCUACGUUCAGUUCUCCAACCACAAGGAGUUAAAAACUGACAACUCUCCCAACCAGGAGAGGGCCCAGGCAGCUCUAAGGGCCCUCAGCUCCUCCCACGUGGAGACGCCCAUGGUAGCUCCAAGCACGGUGCUGAGGGUGGUGGUGGAGAACCUGCUGUAUCCAGUGACUUUGGAUGCACUUUGCCAGAUCUUCUCAAAGUUCGGCACUGUGCUGAGGAUCAUCAUUUUCACCAAGAACAAUCAGUUCCAGGCCCUGCUGCAGUAUUCAGACGGAUCAUCUGCCCAGGCAGCCAAACUGUCUCUUGAUGGACAAAACAUCUACAACGGUUGCUGUACCCUGAGGAUUAGUUUCUCCAAACUCACUAGCCUUAACGUCAAAUACAAUAAUGAGAAGAGCCGGGACUUCACCAGGCCAGAGCUGCCAUCUGGAGACAGCUUGGAGCAUCCUGCCAUGGCUGCAGGGUUUGCUCCAGGAAUCAUCUCGGCUUCACCGUACCCCGGAGCAACUCACGCUUUUACUCCAACUUUUACAAUCCAGCCAGCAGUGUCCUCCCACUAUCCAGGCCUGACAGUCCCUGCUCUUCCUGGAGGGCUGGCCUCUCUGACCCUCCCCACUGCUGCCAGGCUGGGAUUCCCCACCUUCCCUGCAGGACACUCGGUCCUGUUAGUCAGCAACCUGAACCCUGAGAGAGUUACGCCCCACUGCCUCUUUAUUCUCUUCGGUGUUUAUGGCGAUGUGAUGAGAGUGAAGAUCCUCUUCAACAAGAAGGAAAACGCUCUGGUCCAGAUGAGCGACAGUACCCAGGCGCAGCUAGCUAUGAGCCACCUGAACGGCCAGAGGCUGCACGGAAGUCCUCUUCGGAUUACACUUUCCAAACACACCAGUGUCCAGCUUCCUCGUGAAGGCCAUGAGGACCAGGGCCUUACCAAAGACUACAGCAACUCCUCCUUACACCGCUUCAAGAAGCCCGGGUCUAAAAACUAUUCCAACAUCUUUCCACCUUCUGCCACUUUGCACCUUUCCAACAUCCCCCCUUCUGUGGUUGAAGAUGACCUAAAGAUGCUGUUCUCAAGUUCUGGAGCUGUUGUCAAUGCCUUCAAGUUCUUCCAGAAGGACCAUAAGAUGGCUCUGAUCCAGAUGGGUUCAGUGGAAGAAGCCAUCGACUGUCUCAUUGCAUUCCACAACCACGACCUGGGAGAGAACCACCACCUGCGGGUCUCUUUCUCCAAGUCCUCCAUCUGAGCCUCCGUCUCUGCGAGCUGGAUCCUGUCCGAUGGUGUCCACUACACUCCGAUCAUUCCAAUGCACAUCUGCAGAAACCACCGUGAAGUCUGCUGUGAUGUUAAAUUAUUUUGUUAUUUUUAACCUUUUAGACUACUCACCUUUAGCAAAGGGUAGGAAGAGUCCAUAAAUAUGACACUUCAGAGCUCCUCUAAAGUUCUUUACUGGUUCUCUAAAAUCAGAGAAAAGUCAGUAUUCUGAGUUUGAACUGUUUGAUACAAGGUCAGAACUGCCUGUUGUAGUCAGAAUUUAAUGUCCUUUUUUUGGGGGAAGUUGGCAUUUUUUCAGCCUCUUUUGCCUUUUGACUUUAGCCCAAUGAUCAAGGGAUCAAAGUCUGCCUUUAAAAUGACCAUGGGCUCCGACUGAAAUGUUAAAAACUUACUUUCUCAGAAUGAUCACUUUAAUCUCUGAUUCUUGUUUUCACCUGAUAAAGAAAUUCAGAUUUUUAGGAAGUUUUAGCUCAACCUUCUGACUUUCAGAUUUCACUUUGGCAUCCAUUAGAGAUGUCUGCUUUGACCUUAAAAAGAUCCUUGUGCCUUAUUCCCACCUAAAGACAAAACAAAGCCUCUGAAUUGACAAAAGCAGGUUUACAGUUAAUUAAGGUUUACUGUUGAGAUGUAUUACAGAUAUAUUCCUGUUUUUUUUGUGUAUUUUAUUGGUGUUGUCAGUGCUUUAAGUUAGUGUUUUCUAAUGUUGGUAACUGUAGUACCAAACAUGUGAACUGAGUGAGUUUUAGCAGCUUCGCUUUAAUGUUAGUCUAGAUUUAGUUUUUGUCCUUUUUUUUCUCUCUUUUAUUUCGAAAUAUGCAAUCAUAAUAUAAUCAUAUAUUGUAGCAAUAUUUUAAUAAUUCCUUAGCUUUUUAUUUUCCUUCUCGUCAGUGAUCUCCAGCUGAAGAUGAAUGUUUUUGGUUUUGUCAGUCGCGUGUCUCUCGGAACGGUUUUUCUUAUUUAUACAUUUGUGAUCCACUACAGCUAAAACCAAAAAACAGCCCUUUAGAUGCAAACUAUUCCACCUGCCUCAGGUUUUUCAUUUUAAGGACUGAAAAAAAGAAAAAAAACAUAACAAAAUGACAAUGGUGAGCUGGUUCAGGCUUUCUUGGUGUUUAUAUUUUCCUGUGAAAACGCUCAUGCCUUCAGUGCAUUCAGUCCACCGGUGGAGUGCCUUUAACCCAGCGCUGAAGUCAAACAUCAGGCAUUUCAUUUCCCUGAUGUUUUACACAAAUUUUGAGCCUGAAGAUGCUGAUUUUCUUUCUUUUUGUCUUAAUAUUGGGAAUUGACAACAUUCCUUGGAAGUUUUACCCAUUCUCAAAAUAAUGGGAUAUUUUGCUGUUCGACGGAGGUGCUUCGUAGAAAUAAGCUGCUGAGUUUACUGGUUGUGAUGUCUUCGGUGCACCUUGGAAGAGAUCAAACUAAAACGGGUGUGGGGGGGGUAAGUUUAUCAUUAACUGCUGGAUGUUUCUGUACUCAUCCAGUAGGGCUGCAGUUAAGCACAGUUGACUGACUGAUUCAACUUUCCACUCAAUCAAUUAUUAAUCAUUCUUUAUGAUCUCUGUCGUCACGUUCUGUCUUUACAAAUAAAAUCCAGUCAACAUUAUGUUGAUUAAUCUCUACCAGGCUACAUUCCUGUAAAUGUCUGUUGCCACAUUCCUUCAUUAAACCCCCUUAAAAAAAAUUAAACUCACAAAAUAUGAAUUUUUAAUUUUAUCUGACUUAUUAAAAAAAAAAAAAAAUGUCAUUUUAUUUACCAUUUUAUUUAUCCUGUCUCUCAUGGAGCUGGGGAUGCAAAUGUUUGGAUCUAAUCUCUGUACAGGGUUUUACUUUACUCAUUUUAUUGUCUUUCUGUUGGAGUUGCAGUAAACGGUGGGCUAGGAUGAGCAUUGCAGCUUUGCUCACCAGACAAAUGAAGUUAAUAUUCUUCUAAUCCCCCUGAUAUCCAAACAUUUGUAUUUCUGCAGACCCCACUUCCUUUCAAAACUAACCAAUUGCUACUAAUUUCCUCAGAUUUAUUUCUCAUCUCAAACCUAUUUGUCAAGUAGACCUUAAGACCCUGAUGUCACUGCUGAUGAUAGUGGUGUUAAGCUCAUCAAGAGCUCCACUGAGGGCCGCUAAGAACGGGACAAUAACCAAGCUGCUUAAAAAAGGAGCUAUACAAGACUGAACCAUGUCUCAGUGUCACCCAAUAAAAUUUUAAUCUUUGCCAACAGUUAAUGUAUAUUUGUCAAGGAAAGUAGUCCCCUGCAUUUAAUCCAUUAUUGAUUGGGUAACUUAGGGUGUUGAGUUUAGGGUCUUCCUCAAGACCUCAAGAACACAUAUGUUUACCACUCCCCCAAAGUAGAAACAUUUUUUACUAUAUUAUUAUUGGUCUUUUUUUUAUUUUCCCCCUCUGUGGUCUUCGUCUCUUCUUCAGAUAAAUGGAUGUUACACGUUGGUUAAAAAGCUCUCAGAUUUUAAGGGGGUUUGUUGAAAUACAGAUAUGCAAAAAAGAAAAUGAUAAAGAAAUCCUCAUAUAACUUCUUGUAAAUUUUAUUAUGCUAUGUAUGUGGCAUGGAUGCAUUUUCCCCAAUCUGAUUUUCCAAAAUUCCCAAGAUCAUUCAUCUCCGUAGGUCUGAUCAGGCUCCACUCACCUCGCCAUUGAAAUAAAUUCAAAUAAAUGUAAUUUUCAGAAUCACUUAAGUGGGCAAAAAAAAAAAAUAUAUAUAUAUAUUUUAAUAUAUUCAAAAUAUGCCAGAAUUGUUUGGUAAUCAGUUGAAACAGAAUGAGAAUCGUGUUCAUAAUGAUUAAAGAGGAUACUGUUCCCAAAACGAGCUUUUUGCUCAGAUUUUCUACUCCAGUUGAUCUUGUUCCAUCUAAUGAAAUUAAAGAGGAAUGAAAUUCAAGAAAUGAGUGUUAUUGGCCUUUAUGUUAGCUAACGCAAAAAAUUUAACAUGAUUCUUAAAACUGUUUCCCAGAAAACCCCAAAAUACUAAAAGUUACUGAUCUGUGGUCAAAGGUGUUUUUGUUUAGUUACUAUGCAGUGCUGUAAUUCCUUUUAAAAAUAUGUUGUUGUGUAGGCACUUUAAUGUGUUGGGUGGAUGGGGGUGGAUGGGGUGGGUGCUGUGGGCCACAGGUUGAUGGCAGGUCAGAAUAUUUGUUAAAGUAAUCUCACCACCUCCUCUAAAAAAAAAUAAACAGAAAACAGAUGCUGUUUUCUUUUCUUAGGUGUGUUGACUGCUCUGUCGACAGUUCUGAAAGUUUCUCGCCUCUUGUUGAAACGGACCAAUGUAAACACUCCAAAUGCUGGACAUCAAGUCAAUUAUUUAGACAAACUGUGAAACCUGUGAAGAAAAUUUUCAACUAAAAACGCAUCAAUCUGUCUGCUUGUACGGUUUCUCCCUUGGUGCACCUGAAUGCAUCACAAACCUUAAGUUUCCGAUGAAGCUAGUGUGUGAGUCCAAAGCGGGACAAACCAAGGGACGGGGAUGUCUACUGUACAUACAUGUUUUAUACACAGCUGCCUGAAAGGUUAUUGUUAGUUUUAUAUCCAAUGAAACGUGUAUAUUUUGAUUCGAGUGUGCGACCAGUUCUGAGCCUUAUAUUGUGUCACAAAAAAAUAAAUAAAUCAGUUUGUUUUUUUUAAACAUAAAA